AUGCUCAUUUACGUUGCUGACCUCUCCCAGUCAGGAUGUUUGCAGGAUUCCUCUUUCUGCUCCUCCUCACAGGUGGAGAAACAAUCAAUAACUUGGAACAACGAGGGCCUCCGCCUCCUGGCCCUCCCUCCAUGGAGAGAGGACCAUGUGAUGGUGACCCUGACAAAAUGGGAAGAUCCGGAUAUUUAUUGGAAACCACACAACUUUGGUGGCCUUAGGACGAUCAGAGUUUCUGCUGAUUUGUUGUGGAAGCCAGAUCUAAUGAUUAAAGAGAUGAUCGAGAAGGACAAAGCUGUUCCCACUCCCUUUGUCACCAUUAACUCGAACGGUUUCGUUGAACAUGUGAGGGACUUUAUGGUGGUCAGCACGUGCAAGAUGCAAAUUUACAAAUUUCCUUUUGAUGUUCAGAGCUGCAACUUGUCUCUCAAGUCUAUCGUUUACCCAGAGGAGGAGUUGAAGUUUGAAGCCUUAGAAAACAAUACAGUGAUAACGGAAUGGACUCGCCAAAUGAUGAGUACGGAGUCUGAGUGGCUGUUCAUCGGCAUUACAGUCCAGAGCCGAUCUGUCCGACAUUUUCAUCAAAACCAAAGCGUUAUAAGUUAUACUAUCAAGAUGAAGAGGUGUUCUGCCCUCUACAUCUUCAACUUCUUAGUGCCCAUCAUGUUCUUCUUCUGUCUGGACUUGGCCUCCUUCCUGAUGUCAGACAGUGGGGGCGAGAAGGUCAGCUUCAAGGUCACUGUGCUGCUCGCUGUCACUGUGAUGCAGCUUAUUCUCAACGACAUUCUGCCUUCCUCUUCAGACAGGAUACCGCUUAUAGCGGUGUACUGCAUUGGGAUUUUUGUUUUGAUAAUGAUCAACCUUCUGGAGACAAUUUUGGUGAUAUAUCUGAUUGAGAAAGACAAACAGGGCAACUAUGAUGGAGGUGAGACUGAACACAUUCUUUAA